ACAACAACAACAACAGCAACAACAGCAACAGCAGCAGCAGCAGCAACAACAGCAGCAGCAGCUACAGCAGCAAUACAAAAAAGUGAAGUGAACUCUCGGGCGCUCUCGCCUCUCUCUCCGCUUCGGCUAACUUCGGCUCGGGCUUGUAAAUUACUUGCAAAGUUAAUUUUAGUCUCGGCUUUUAAUACCGUUUUAGUGCGUUUUCAAGUUGGUCGUGUGCUUUUCUCUCGCUCUGAAAAAUAAAAAAAAUUUUAAUUUCCAAAAAUAAAUCGAACUUAAUCCAAUCCAACGCCGUAAAUAAAUAAAAUACCCAACUGAAUGUGACUUUCUGGUGAUCGAAUAUCCUCGUGACUUUUUUUUUCGGAUCCAUUUUUUUUUCCAACGGAAAUGUAAACCAUUCGCCCCCCAAAGCCCCCCUUAAGCUUCCUGCUUCGAAGUCCAGAACAAAAGAGCAACAAAAUCCAAUUACAUAACAUUUAAUUGCCAAAAAAAAAACAAUAAACAAAAUAAAAACAAUAAUAUCAUAAUUCAGGAAUUCAAAAACGCGCUCACCAAUACAACGUUGAACGCAUUAAAAGACGGAAGUGCAUUUUUUUUCGUUAAGCGGCAAAGCGGCGCAUCCUGUUUUUUGGGCCUUCCACACGCGCUCACGCACACACGAACACACACGCACACACAGUGAGGACUGGGAGUCGCUCUCUCGCCAAAGACUUGCAGAUCCGCAAAUAACGCCAACUUUUCCCUUGGGUUAAUUGAUUAACCAGGCCCAAAUAAAUACGAAAGGGAGCGGAGAACACAAAGAGCCAGCAAGAUGACUGGUUUCACGAACGCCGGUUUCGAGAACGAUGAGCCCGUCAAGCCAAAAGCUGGUUUCGAGCCCGACACCGCCUCGCUGCGAGAGAAAGUUGUGCUGAAUCCGGCCGAGAAAUGGCGCAUCUUAAAGAAUAUCUCGAUCAUCUCGAUCGCCUUCAUGGUGCAAUUUACAGCGUUUCAGGGCACGGCAAAUCUGCAGUCGUCGAUAAACGCCAAGGAUGGCCUGGGCACCGUUUCGCUGAGUGCGAUCUACGCCGCCCUGGUGGUCUCCUGCAUCUUCCUGCCCACGCUGAUCAUCCGGAAGCUGACGGUCAAGUGGACCCUCGUCUGCAGCAUGCUCUGCUACGCCCCCUACAUCGCCUUCCAGCUCUUCCCGCGCUUCUACACCCUGGUGCCCGCCGGCAUCCUGGUCGGUAUGGGCGCCGCCCCCAUGUGGGCGUCCAAGGCCACCUACCUGACGCAGGUGGGGCAGGUGUACGCGAAGAUUACCGAACAGGCGGUCGACGCCAUUAUCGUGCGAUUCUUCGGCUUCUUCUUCCUGGCCUGGCAAUCCGCUGAGCUCUGGGGCAAUCUCAUCUCCAGCUUGGUUCUCUCCAGCGGCGCCCAUGGCGGCUCCAGCAGCUCGAACACGACGAUCAGCGACGAGGAUCUGCAGUACUGCGGCGCCAACUUCUGCACCACCGGCAACGGCGGACACGGCAACCUGGAGCGUCCGCCAGAGGACGAGAUCUUCGAGAUCUCGAUGAUCUACCUGUCCUGCAUCGUGGCCGCCGUCUGCAUCAUUGCCUUCUUCCUCGAUCCCCUCAAGCGUUACGGUGAGAAGCGCAAGGGUUCCAACUCGGCUGCCGAGCUCUCGGGCCUGCAACUGCUGUCGGCCACCUUCCGCCAGAUGAAGAAGCCCAAUCUGCAGCUCCUGAUCCCCAUCACCGUCUUCAUCGGCAUGGAGCAGGCCUUCAUCGGCGCCGACUUCACCCAGGCCUAUGUGGCCUGUGCUCUGGGAGUGAACAAGAUCGGCUUCGUGAUGAUCUGCUUCGGCGUGGUCAAUGCCCUCUGCUCGAUCCUAUUCGGUUCCGUGAUGAAGUACAUCGGCCGCACGCCCAUCAUUGUGCUGGGCGCAGUCGUGCACUUCACACUGAUCACCGUGGAGCUGUUCUGGCGCCCCAAUCCCGACAAUCCCAUUAUCUUCUAUGCGAUGUCCGGGUUGUGGGGCGUCGGCGACGCAGUGUGGCAGACGCAGAUCAACGGGCUGUACGGCCUGCUCUUCCGCCGCAACAAGGAGGCCGCCUUCUCCAACUACCGCCUGUGGGAGUCCGCCGGCUUCGUGAUCGCCUACGCCUACGCCACCACGCUCUGCACGCAGAUGAAGCUCUACAUCCUGCUGGCGGUGCUCACGCUCGGCUGCAUCGGCUACGUGAUCGUCGAGAUCCUCUACAGGAAGAAGCAACGCAAGGUCAAGAAGCAGGAGAGGCUGGAGGCCGCCGAGAAGGAGAAGGAGGCUGCCGCCGCCGCCGCUGCCGCUGCCGCCUUGGCCGCCGCCGAGGCAGGACCCGAUGGCGUCGAGGAGACCGACGACGAGCUGGACGAUCUCGAGGAGGACAUUGUGGUCACGCGCCUGUAAAUGUUUUAUUCUCCACCCCAAGGACACCCAAAAAAAACAAAAUACCCCACAAGUCCCUCACACACCCCACAUUCCAUCAAGUUAUCGAUAGAUAGAUAGAAGGAGAGAGAGUAAAUAUCAGGAGCGUUAUCGAUUCAAAUGCAAGUAAAAGACAACAAGAUCUGAAAAGGAAUAUGGAAAAGACCUAUCGAUACGAGAUCGAUAGACAAAACGCUCCGUGAUCGAUAAACAAUACCAACUAGCGCCGAUUGAAGGCCGAAACGCGUUGCAUACUUUUGUGGUUGUAGUUUUGUAGUAGAACAUUUGUACCCCUCACCCCCGAAGAAACCCGCUCCUGCAAGAGAGAAACCAUUUAGCUCAAAGUCCAACCGAGUUUGGCUUAACUUUAGUUUGUACAUACAGAGAAGAGAUCGAAAAGGGCGAAAUGCUAAUAAAUGCAAAGGCAGUGAGAAACCCCGGAACCGGAAAUGCAAAACUUUUGUGUGUUAGUCUAGGUGUAAGCACACUCGUACUUGGUUAAUACGCACGCCUAAUUGUCAAAUAUUAAUUUAUCGAUAUAUUAAUAUCAAUAUAUUGAUACCUUAUCGAUAACUUAAUAUUUGCGAUUGACGCGUUCGCAUAAACUUGGUAUCGCACAACCAUACAAACACACGCACACACCUA